GUGAAAAAUAUAUAACUUAAUGAACUUAACAGUGAUAUUUUCGGUAAGGCGUUUGUGGAUCCACUUGAGAGGGUCCUUCUGCAGUUCACACGGAAACCAACUCUAAUGACCGAUGUUUGUUUUGCUACAAUCAGCAGUAUGCCAGCUGAACGCAAGCGCUCAGUAAACAUGGACGAGAAAGACGUUUGCUCCUUUAGUAACAAGGAAAAAGAGAAAGACAGAGACGGUGAAAGAAGACCGGCAUCUGCUCGAGACAAAGGGAAAGACGAGGCCAAAAUGAGUGGUAAAAAAGACAGUGGCAAGGAGGAGAAGAGAAAGCGUUUGGAGGAGGAGAAGAAGAAGAAGGAGGAAAAGGAGCGAAGAAAGAAAGAGGAGGAAAAACAGAAAGCAGAGGAGGAACAGAAGAAGAAAGAAGAGGAGGAGAAGAGGCAGCAGGAGGAGCAGGAGAAGAAGCUGCAAGAGGAGGAGGCCAAAAGACAACGUGAAGAGGAGGCAGCUCUCCUGAAGGAGAAGGAGGAGGGGCAUCAGCUGCACCAGGAGGCAUGGGAACGGCAUCAGUGCAGGAAGGAACUCCGCAGCAAGAACCAGAAUGCCCAAGAGGGUCGGCCUGAAGAGGCCUUCUUUAGCCGACUGGACUCCAGCCUUAAAAAGAACACUGCCUUUGUCAAGAAGCUGCGUACACUUACUGAACAGCAGCGAGACUCGCUCUCCAAUGACUUUGCCUCACUGAACCUCAGCAAGUACAUUGGUGAAGCUGUGAGCUCUGUGGUGGAGGCCAAGCUGAAGAUCUCUGAUGUAGGCUGCGCUGUCCAUCUGUGCUCCCUCUUCCACCAGAGGUACGCUGAGUUUGCUCCGUUACUGUUACAGGCGUGGAAGAAGCACUUUGAAGCAAGGAAGGAGGACAAGGCUCCCAACGUGAGCAAGCUGCGCACAGACCUGCGCUUUAUUGCCGAGCUUACUAUCGUUGGCCUCUUCACGGACAAAGAGGGCCUUUCGCUCAUUUACGAGCAGCUGAAGAACAUUAUUGGAACCGACCGGGAGACACACACUCAUGUGUCAGUGGUUAUCAGCUUCUGUAAGCAUUGUGGGGAUGACGUGGCUGGUCUGGUGCCCCGUAAGGUGAAACUGGCUGCUGAGAAGUUUGGCUUGACCUUCCCUCCCAGCGAGAUAAUCAGCACAGAGAAACAGCAGCCCUUCCAGAACCUGCUACGGGAGUACUUCACAUCGCUGACCAAACACCUGAAGAAGGACCACCGGGAGCUGCAGAACAUUGAGAGGCAGAACAGGCGUAUCCUACAUUCCAAAGGGGAGCUGAGUGAGGACAGACACAAGCAGUACGAAGAGUUUGCCACUUCCUACCAGAAGCUGCUGGCCAACACUCAGUCUCUAGCAGAUCUGCUUGAUGAAAACAUGCCAGACCUGCCUCAGGACAAGACAGUGCAGGAGGAACAUGGCCCUGGCAUUGAUAUUUUCACCCCCGGUAAGCCUGGAGAGUACGACCUGGAGGGAGGGAUCUGGGAAGAUGAAGACGCUCGUAACUUCUACGAGAACUUGGUGGACCUGAAGGCUUUUGUCCCUGCCAUCCUCUUCAAGGACAAUGAGAAAAGUAACCAGGGCAAGGACAAGGAUGACGCCAAAGAUGGCAGAGAGGGGAAAGACGCAGUUAGCACCACAGAGGAACUGGAGCUGGAGUUAGAAGCUCUGGACAUCACUGAUGAACCUCUGGAACUGGAAGGUCCAGACGAAGCAGAAAAUGAAGAACUGGCCAAAAAACUGCUGGAUGAACAAGAACAAGAGGAUGAAGAGGCCAACACGGGGUCCCACUUGAAGCUAAUUGUGGACGCCUUCAUCCAGCAGCUACCCAACUGUGUCAAUAGAGACCUCAUAGACAAGGCUGCCAUGGACUUCUGCAUGAAUAUGAACACCAAAUCGAACAGGAGGAAGCUUGUCCGAGCCCUCUUCACUGUCCCCAGGCAGAGGUUGGAUCUUCUGCCCUUCUAUGCUCGCCUGGUGGCAACUCUUCAUCCCUGCAUGUCAGACGUGGCUGAGGACCUGUGCUCCAUGCUGAAGGGAGACUUCAGGUUCCAUAUUCGGAAGAAGGACCAGAUCAACAUUGAGACAAAAAAUAAAACCGUCAGAUUCAUCGGGGAACUGGCCAAGUUCAAGAUGUUUUCGAAAACGGACACGCUUCAUUGUCUCAAGAUGCUGCUGUCCGAUUUCACCCACCACCAUAUCGAGAUGGCCUGCACUCUGCUGGAGACCUGCGGCCGUUUCCUCUUCAGAUCCCCCGACUCUCAUCUGCGUACCAGCGUCUUGCUGGAGCAAAUGAUGCGUAAAAAGCAGGCGCAGCAUCUGGACGCCCGUUAUGUGACAAUGGUGGAGAACGCCUACUACUACUGCAACCCCCCGCCCGUGGAGAAGACAGUGAAGAAGAAGAGGCCGCCGCUGCAGGAGUACAUCCGCAAGCUGCUCUACAAGGACCUGUCCAAGGUCACCACCGAGAAGGUGCUGAGGCAGAUGCGCAAGCUUCCCUGGCACGACCCCGAGGUCAAGAGCUACCUGAUCUGCUGCAUGGUCAACAUCUGGAACGUCAAGUACAACAGCAUCCACUGUGUGGCCAACCUGCUGGCCGGGCUGGUGGCCUACCAGGAGGACGUGGGCAUCCAUGUGGUGGACGGAGUGCUGGAGGACAUCCGGCUGGGCAUGGAGGUCAAUCAGCCCAAGUUCAACCAGCGGCGGGUCAGCAGCGCCAAGUUCCUGGGUGAGCUUUACAACUACCGCAUGGUGGAGUCAGCCGUCAUUUUCCGCACCCUCUUCUCCUUCAUCUCUUUCGGGAUCAAUCAGGACGGCAGCCCAAGCACACUGGACCCUCCGGAGCACCUGUUCCGUAUCCGCCUGGUGUGCACCCUGCUUGACACCUGCGGCCAGUACUUUGACCGAGGCUCCAGCAAGAGGAAACUGGACUGUUUCCUCAUCUACUUCCAGCGGUACAUCUGGUGGAAAAAGAGCCUUGAUGUUUGGACCAAGGACCACCCGUUCCCCAUCGACAUCGAUUACAUGAUCAGCGACACCUUGGAGCUGCUCAGGCCCAAGAUGAGGUUCAGCUGCUCCCUGGAGGAGGCCACCAAGCAGGUCGUCGACCUGGAGAGGGAGGUGCUCGUCAAACUAGGUCUGGCCAUGGAGAAGGACGGUCGCUCCAGUGCCAUGAGUGAAGGGGAGGGUAUGGACGAGGAAGACGACGACGACGAUGAGGAGGGAGGCGCUGAGACUGAGGAACAGUCGGGCAACGAGAGUGAAAUGAAUGAACAGGAAGAGGAUGAAGGAUCUGAGAACGAAGAAGAGGAGAGGGAGGAAGAGGAAGAAGAGAACACCGACUAUCUGACUGACUCCAAUAAAGAAAAUGAGACAGACGAAGAGAACAAUGAGGUUACCAUCCGUGGUGGUGGACUGAAGCACGUGGCCUGCGCUGAAGAUGAGGACUUCAUUCAGGCUCUGGACAAGAUGAUGCUGGAGAACCUGCAGCAGCGUAGCGGCGAGACGGUGAAAGUGCACCAGCUGGACGUGGCCAUCCCUCUGCAGCUGAAGAGCCAGCUGAAGAAGGGAAGCUCCGGGCAGCCGUGCCUCGGGGAGGGAGACUCGGACAUCUCCGACACCAUGCAGUUCGUCAUGCUAACACGCAAGGGCAACAAGCAACAGUACAAGAUCCUGAACGUGCCGCUGUCGUCCCACCUGGCGGCGAACCACUUCAACCAGCAGCAGGCCGAACAGGAGGAGCGCAUGAGGAUGAAGAAGCUGACGCUGGACAUCAACGAGAGGCAGGAGCAGGAGGACUACCAGGAGAUGAUGCAGUCCCUCGCCCAGCGUCCGGCUCCGGCCAACACCAACCGGGAGCGUCGGCCUCGCUACCAGCACCCGAAAGGAGCUCCAAACGCCGACCUCAUCUUCAAGACCGGAGGAAGGAGACGCUGAUCGGAGUCUGGGCCCAGGCUGAACGAGCGAGCGUGCAAGCAAGAGAGCAAACGAAUGAGUGAGGAGCGAGAAAGAGAAGAUCGGAGGGGAAAACCCGUCUAAACAGGGAACGAGUCCUCCAGACGCCGGGACAGACCAAACCCCUGACCUGAACACACACACACACUCUUACCCUACUGAAGGCGCCCGAAGCCUGAGGAGGAGAGGCAAAGCCGGGAGCUGGGGUCAGAGGUCAGGGGUCAGAGAGAUGGCUCUCUUUCUUUUUUGUGUCUGUUGCCUGAGAUGACGAAUAAAAAAAAAACCCAACACUUGUCUGGACCAGAGAAAGAACUGCAAAGACGACUGAACAGCCGACCGUCCGACUGAUGGCGAGACCGUCAGGAAGGCGUGAUGAGCGCAUCACCUGCCACUGAGGAAAAAAAGAGACUGAAAAACCUGCAAGUGGACAACAUUUACAAGCGACUAGCGAGGGACAUGGAUGCUUUCAUUACUGGACUCACGUGUUUGUUCUGACUUCCUCCAGAACCACGCACUGUCGUCAGGGCGGUGCUGAGGUGGAGUCGAAGGACGGGGCGGCAGGAGCUUUUAACACUUGUCCAUAAUCUGCUGGCACAGUGAUGCAGAAGAAGACGUGAUGAUUGAUGAGGUUGUUGAGAAGAUGGAAGGGUGGCUGAUGAUGUGUUGCUGCUGUUCUGGAGGCUUGUGUCGCUCCACUGGUUUACUGCACUCAUAAACAUCACGUCUCCACAGUUUUUACCAAAUUUAACCCACAUAACACUUUGGCAACACUUAAUUUUACGUGUUUGAAAUUCAUAAGAAUUUUCCAAGCAAAUUAUGUAAUUUUGCCCUCAUUAUCAAGACAGUCGAUGAUGUUGUGAGACAAUUAUUAGAGUUUAGAUGUUAAUUAAAGCUAAAAAGAUAAAUCGAUAAUCACAGGGUAGCCCAAGUUUAAAUUUAGUGAUCAAUAUGUAUGUGUAUGGGCAAGCAGUAUCAAUAUCAGUACUGAUAAAAAUCCUGGCCGAGUUAGAUGACAGGGUUGAUACCAUUUUUGUGUCAGUACGGUGACUAUAAAGCCACAAGCCGGUUAGCUUAGCCUAGCAUAAAGACUGUAAACAGAGGGAAAGUUCUAGCUUUGCUUUGUCCAGAGAUUACAAAAUAAUUUUUACACAGUUUCAAUAUUAAAAAACAGCAGAUCAGAUACCAGGCAUUGUCAACUACAGGAAGUUACUGCUCUCAGCCAAUAAAUAGUCUGGCCCAUAACUCUCCUGGAAAGCCACAACUUCUCAUUUAAAAGAACCAGAUAUGAUAAUUAAUGUUGUUGUGUUAAUUAGUGAACUUUAGAGAUACUGGCAGGUGGAUCUUAUUAACCUGCGGCCAGAGCCAGACUAGCUCUUUCCUCCUGUUUCUAGCCCUUAUGCUAAGCUAAGCUAACCACUUCCUGGCAGCAGCUUCAUAUAGAUUUACUCUACACGCAUUAGAUUGGCCUCAUGCAAGCAGUGGACGACGAGUGACAUCCUGCUAAUAAGAACGGCGGCUGCAUUCCCAAACCCAGCAGUGACGUCCCACUCCCAAUGAACACACACCACCGGAACAAGAGUUUCACACCAUCAGACACUUUUCAGUCAGACUCCUGGUGACGUGACGGCAUCAAGUGACCCGAUCGCUGAUGGACACCUGAGUGUACAUAGUCUUCAUUUUCUCCGACUUCUGUCCUGCUAAAUGUUUUGUUUUUCAGAAUCUAGAGCACCUAAGUGAUAGUUUGGACAGGAUUUGAGUUUGCUUUGAGUUGAAUUUGUGAAGUGUAACUGAUUUUUUUUUUCUUUGGACAAGUGAUAACUGAGAGUCUUUAGCGAUGACAGUGACAAUAUUAUUUCAGAUUAGUUUUAUCUGUCGAGCCUGUAGAUGGAUAAAUAUUCUCCGUAUUCUGCUGCAUGCACCAGCUCUUUGUCAUUCUCUGUUGUAGUAAAGUGUCCAGCGGUUUGUCUUUGUCUAGAUUCAAAACUGCAAAAGAGAAAAAACAAACAAGCAGAAGAGAAAACAGCUCACGGCUUCAUGUUGCGGCUCAUGACGGACAAAAAUGAUCACAAUAAACUUAUGAAGAUUA